GACGUCCGCUGAGGUGGGGUGGAAGGUUUCACCUUCUUCAUUCCUUACUCGUCACGUAUUUGGGGUAGACUGGGAUAGACAGUGGGCAUCUGUCCACCCCUUAGUGUCCUGUCCCCUCUUCUAUCUGCAUCUCCUCUGGAUAUAACACUCCAAUUUCUGUUCCUGCCCGACAUCAAACGGCACAAUGGGCAUGCACAAAAGAAAGAGAUGGGACAGCAGCGUCAUACUGCUUACAAUUGCUGCAUGUCUGAUGUUUUCUGAAGCUCAGCAUGAAGCUGGUUUCUGUUCGAUGUAUGACGAAUGUGGAAAGAAUCCCACCGUGUCAGGAUCCUUGCUCAAUUCAAACGUACCCUGCAAAAACCCUGGACCAGCGAGGGAAGUAGUGGGGGCACAUUAUGAACUUCUGAGGGAGGUUUGCCCCAUGCUGGACCAGGGUGAGGGCCAAACGUUUGCCUGCUGCUCUCUACAGCAGCUCAUCUCCCUGCAGAGCAGCGUGUCGCUGUCCAAAGCUAUACUGCUCCGAUGCCCAUCCUGCGCUUACAAUUUUGCCCACAUUCACUGCAUCACCACCUGCAGUCCCAACCAGAGCCAGACCAUCAACAUCACCAGAACUAUCCCCGUCAAUAUUUCGGGAACAGACAAAGAGGCUGUGGUCGGCUACCAAGCCUACGUUUCUACGACCUUCUCCGAUGCCUCCUUCAACUCCUGCAAGAAUGUGAGAAUCCCGGCAACUGGAGGGUACGCCAUUGGUACAAUGUGUGGUCGAUAUGGCUCCACGCUGUGUACUCCUCAACGCUGGUUAGACUUCCAGGGUGACUCCAGCAAUGGUUUGGCUCCACUUGACAUCGACUUCAGACUCAUUCCACCAGAGCACAACGCAGCAGUUCCAGAAGGUAUGGUUCCCUAUGCGGGGAUCGCUCUGGGUUGCAACGAGACAACCCCCACUGGAGGAGAAGAGUGCACCUGCCAGGACUGUCAAGAGUCCUGCCCUCAAGUUCCUCCACCAGGCCCUUUACCCGAACCCUUUAUGAUUGGCAAUAUGGAUGGGAUGCUCGCCAUCUCCCUCAUUCUCUUUGCCAUCCUGUGCCUCCUCUUCCUCAUUUGCCUUGUGGUCAGGUACAAUUUCAAUUGCUGCAAAGGGAAAAAAUCCAGAAGCCGCAAGGACAAAAAUGCAAACGAGGUAGACCCCAACCAGACAGUGGAUCCCAAAGAUAUCACAUGCACUGACCGAGCAAGUCUGGUCACUCAAGAGUUCCUGGGUUCGCUUUUCCAGAGCUGGGGAACUGUAAUGGCGAGACACCCUUUGAAGGUGAUCUUUGCUUCCCUGUUUGUUGUAGCAGCAUUUACAACUGGGCUGAAGAACAUGCAACUGACCACAGAUCCUGUUCAACUCUGGUCAGCUCCCAACAGCCGUGCCAGGCGUGAAAAGGACUUCCAUGAUGAGAAUUUUGCACCCUUUUUCCGUACCAAUCAGCUGAUUCUGACUGCUCCCGGCAGGCCUAGCUAUAUCUACGACUCCUUGCUCUUUGGCACUACAAACUUCAGCGGCCUCAUCUCUAAGGACCUGAUCUUGCAGCUGUUGGAGCUUCAGCAGAGAAUCCAAGAUAUUGAAUUCUGGUCAGAUGAACUUAAUAAAACAGCUACCCUUAAGGAUGUCUGCUAUGCUCCACUCAACCCGGACAACCCCUCUUUGACUGACUGCGCCGUCAACAGUCUACCUCAGUACUUCCAGAACAGCGUCAAGAACUUGAAUUUAAGGGCUAACAUGACCCAGCUUGGGGUAACAAAAGAAGUUGACUGGAAGGAUCAUUUUAUCUACUGCGUAAACUCUCCAUUAUCCUUCAAAGACAUCACUGCACUCAACUUGAGCUGUAUGGCUGACUACGGAGGACCAGUCUUUCCCUUCUUGGCUGUUGGGGGAUAUGAUAAUGAAGACUACACCACCGCUGAGGCCUUCAUCCUCACCUUUUCUCUGAAUAAUUAUCCACGAGACGACCCAAAGUUUAAAGUGGUGGAACAAUGGGAAGCCAUGUUUCUGGAGAUCGUUCAGGCAUACCAGAAAGACCCCAGCACAAACUUCACAUUCGCCUAUAUGGCUGAAAGGUCUUUAGAAGAUGAAAUCAACAGAACUACAAUAGAAGACUUUCCCAUCUUUAUGAUCAGCUAUGCAGUCAUCUUCGUGUACAUUGCCGUGGCUCUGGGAGAAUAUUCGUCCUUCAAACGCAUCCUAGUGGACUCUAAGUUUCUGGUUGGGCUGGGUGGUAUAUUGGUUGUAACCGGCUCAGUCCUGGCAUCUAUGGGUUUUUAUGGCUGGGUUGGAAUCCCUUCCUCACUGAUCAUUGUGCAGGUGGUGCCCUUCCUCGUCCUGGCUGUUGGAGCUGACAACAUUUUCAUCUUUGUCCUGGAGUAUCAGAGAGAUGUACGGCAGCCUGGAGAAAUGAGAGAGGAGCAGAUUGGCCGAGUUCUCGGCAGCGUGGCUCCCAGCAUGCUCCUCUGCAGCAUGUCUGAAUCUGUCUGUUUCUUUUUGGGCGCUCUCAGCACCAUGCCUGCGGUGAAGUCGUUCGCACUCUACGCUGCCCUGGCUGUCCUUAUGGACUUUGUGCUGCAGAUGACGGCGUUUGUGGCUCUUUUGUCCCUCGAUGCUCGGCGGCAGGACGAUAACCGCUGCGAGAUAUCCUGCUGCUUCAAAGUGAAGACCCAACGUCCUGCCAAACCUAAUAAGGGCUUCCUCCUCCCACUUAUGGAGAAGUAUUAUGCACCUGUGCUGCUCCACCCUGUUUCCAGAAUAGUAGUGAUAGUGCUGUUUCUCUUCAUGUUCUGUGCUUCCAUCUACCUCAUGUUCAACGUGAAGGUGGGCUUGGAUCAGGAGCUGGCCAUGCCGACCGACUCCUAUAUGCUCACAUACUUUGAAUACCUGAACAAGUACUUUGAGGUUGGAGUGCCGACAUACUUUGUCACAACAAAAGGCUUCAACUUCUCAGAUGUGACCGGGAUGAACGCAGUGUGCUCCAGUGUGGGCUGUGACCAGUUCUCCCUCACGCAGAAGAUCCAGUACGCUACAGAAUACCCAGAAAGAUCCUACCUAGCUAUCCCAGCAUCCUCUUGGGUGGACGAUUUCAUUGAUUGGCUGAAUCCUGGAUCGAGAUGUUGUCGGCUUUACACCUCUGGUCCCAACACAGGGCAGUUUUGCCCAGCAUCCGAGAGUACCCUCAUGUGUUGGAACAAGUGUAUGACACUCCCAUCAAGUGGGAUUCUGCGGCCCAGUGUGGAGGAGUUCAACAAGUUUCUGCCCAGUUUCCUCACCAACCGGCCAGACUUGCAGUGCCCCAAAGGUGGUUUGGGGGCUUAUGACACAGCUGUGGUGUGGAACAACGUGACUGGGGAAAUAUCUGCGUCUCGGUUCAUGGCCUAUCACACUCCUCUGAGAAACUCUCAAGAGUUCACAGCAGCUCUGCUGACGGUGAGAGAACUGGCCCACAACAUCACAAUGGCCAUGAGAAUGAUUCCCGGGACAGCAGAGGACUUUGAGGUUUUCCCAUAUUCUGUGACAUACGUGUACUAUGAGCAAUACAUUAGCAUUGUGUACGAGGGUGUGAGGAACAUCUGCCUGUGUCUGCUGCCCACUUUCGUGGUGUGCUGUAUUCUCCUGGGCUUGGACCUGCGCUCCGGCUUCCUCAACCUCUUCACCAUAGUGAUGAUCACCGUGGAUACUGUGGGGGUCAUGACCCUGUGGAGCAUCGAUUUCAAUGCUGUGUCACUCAUCAACCUUGUGACGGCUGUGGGGAUUUCAGUGGAGUUUGUGUCUCAUACGACACGCUCCUUCGCCCUCAGCACUUUACCCACGAAGGUGGAGAGAGCCAAAGAGGCCACAGCAAAGAUGGGCAGUGCAGUGUUUGCUGGCGUUGCUAUGACGAACCUACCUGGCAUCAUCGUUUUAGCGUUCGCUAAGGCUCAGCUCAUCCAGAUAUUCUUCUUCAGGCUGAAUCUGGUCAUCACACUGCUGGGCAUGGCCCACGGCCUUAUCUUCCUGCCCGUGCUCCUCAGCUUCUUCGGUCCUCCUGUGAAUAAGGCCGUGCUGCUGGAGCUGCAGAAAAAGAAAGCCAAGGAGAUGGAAUACGGCAGCAGAGCACAGUACGACAAUGUCAGCUUCGAAAAUAACGAGAAUCCCAUCAGCUUACAGCCCACCGUGCCGUCACAGAAUGAAACAGUUCCCCAAAAGCCAGAAACGGUGAUAGUACAAGCACCUGAAGAGGGCAGCAAAUAGAUAUCAGGCAUCACCAACUUUUAGUUCAGAAACAGUCCUGCCCUUCCUCUCAGCUUCCAGUUCAUAACUACACACAAGAAAGCUGCAUAGCGGGGGCUGAGAGAGAAAGGGGGGCUGCUGAGUUUGUUCAAAAUGGGACAUAAUGUCAAGACACACUGGUGCAAUAUAAGGGUCAGAAGAGCAUUUUGGAAUGAAACUCUUUUUUACCUCAGGACUGCAUGAAGUCAAAGAGAGGGAAAUGUAAACAUGCAGUUGUAACAGGUUGAACCAAUUGGGGCCUUCAUGCAAUGCACUUUGCUGUUUUGCUGUUUUCAGCUCACAAAGAGGGCGUUAACUGGCGAAAAAUCUAAUUUGCACAAUUUUCUUCCCGCCAUAAAUGUAGUUGAUAAACCAAGACAUGAAUAAAGGCAUCAUUUUCAUAGAUAAUAACAAGCCAUACAGUUUCAAAAGCCACACAAGCAAGUAUACGUAUAGCGAUUGUCAAGCGUGACGGACCAAAAAUGUAGUUCUCCAGGUGGUUGCUAGUACUGUUUUAGCUGUGUUAAUUACUUUUGUCCAUUUUUAUAGUUUGGGGUAUGUCAAACAAAUCCAAAAACCACACAAGCAAGACUACAUAAAGUGCUUUUUGGUGAAAUUUGGUGAAAAUGUCAAAUAUGACAGAAGAUGACAAAAAAUAGGCCUCCAGGUAGUCCAGGUGCUGUUUUAGCUAUAUUCAUUAUUUUUGUCCAUGUUUAACUAUAACAGUAUGACAUACAGCGCCAAAAAACCUCACAUGCAAGUCUAUUUGAGGUUACUUAUAGCGAAAGAGACAAGUGUGACGGAAAAUGACCAAAAAUGUAGUUUUCCAGGUGGUUGCUAGUACUGUUUUAGCUACGUUAAUUAUUCUUGUCCAUUUUUUAUAGUUUGCAGUAUGUCGAAUAGUUUCAAAAACCACACAAGCAAGAUUACAUAAAGCACACAGUGUCAUACAAUGUCAAAAAACUCAUAUGCAAGUCUUUUUGCGAUUAUUUCAAGCGAUACUUUGGUGAAAAUGUCAAAAGUAGAGAAAAUGUUUAGGUUUCAAUGUGGGCUGCUACUUCCGUUUUAGGUGUGCGACAUAUUUUUGUCCAUGUUUGCAGAUACUGGUUUGUCAUACAGUGUCAGAAACCGUGUAAGCAAGUCUGUUUAAGAUUACUUAGCAACUUUAAGUGACCUUAAGACUGGGACGGGCGCUAUAAGUACUUUGUUACUAUUCAGUGCAAGUGUGUGGCGAUUUAGAUAUGCAGUUUGCAUGAUGCUUACCUGGUUCCUAUAAGGUUCCUUUACUUGUUAGCUACAUUAGCUUUGUAGCUCUUAGAACAAAACUAAAAGAGUAAACUUAAGACACCAAACAGGUUUUGGUUGAUCGACUACAUUUGGGCUAAGAGGGAAAAAUGUGCGAAUUAAUUUUUUUGCAAGACACUUCCUUUAAAGGAAACAUAACUGAACCUAGGACCUCUCUAGGAGCCGUAAGUUUCAGGACACUCGUGUUGCGGUGCUGUUAACAGGCUGUAGCUUUAAGCUCCAAACGCUGCUUGUUUUCUUGAACGAUCUUGCCUUUUCAACUCCCAACAUAAUGGGGAAACACAGAAAUUGCAAUAAUGUUUUAGAAUUGUUUUGUUUUUUUACACAGAAUACUCUUCUGUUUUUGUGUGUUGAAUGUAUUGUCUUAUUUAAUUUCAUUAUACCUGCAUGUUUGAUGUUAGUCUUUGUUUAGACACUGUACUGUUAAACUAAAAUCAGAAACACUGUUAUUUUAUAGAACAACACACUGUACACUCCAGUGAUGGGAAAGCAAUAUCUGUUUGUGUUUGUAUAAUAGAAUGAUUACAGCGAGAUGAAAUGCACUUUGGGUAUUUUCAACAUAUUGUUCCUCUGUGUUUGUGGGUUAUUCUGACAUCAAAAUCAGCUAUUUUUUUAACUCGCUAAUGAAAUCAGUCUUUAUGAGGGAGAACCAAGCAGAUAAGAUAGAAGGAGAGCAACCUGUACAGAACAUGCAACCUAAACGGGUCAACAAACAGUGGAUUUUGCUUAGAAUUUGAGCUUUUAAGUAUGUUUGUCAGUGAUAAACUCACUAAGUCACUAAGUACUAUCUGAAAACAUUCUUAUUUACACUAUUAUUCAAAUGUUUGGAAUCGUUAUUAAUAUGUAGAUUUAAAUAUUAUAUACUAAAUACCAAA